CCGGGCUGGAUCGGGAUCGGGCCGGGCUGGAUCGGAGCGGGCGCGCCCUCGGCCGCGGCCCCGCGGCUCACUGUCCUUCUCCCGCAGAUGAACGGGGACGCGGCGGAGCCGGCUCCCCUGUGGGAGCGGCCCUGGUCGUUGGACGAGAUCCGUAAGGGCAGCCAGAGCUGGUCCUUGGCCUCGGACGCCGGGCUUCUGCAUUUUCUACAAGAGUUCUCGCAGCAAACCAUUUCCAGGACGCAUGAAAUCAAAAAACAAGUGGAUGGAUUGAUUAAUGAAACAAAAGCUACAGACUGUCGCCUUCAUAAUGUCUUCAAUGACUUUCUUAUGUUAUCCAACACGCAGUUCAUAGAGAAUAGAGUAUAUGAUGAAGAAGUGGAAGAGCCUAUUCCAAAAGCUGACAUUGGAGACAAAGCAGAGCAGGAAAAGACGCGGGAACAGAAAGAAGCRGAUCUAAUUCCUAAAAUUCAAGAAGCAGUGAAUUAUGGGUUGCAGGUUCUGGACAGYGCAUUUGAACAGCUAGACAUCAAAGCAGGCAACUCUGACUCAGAAGAGGAAGAAAGUAAUGAAAGAGUAGAACUGAUACUUGAGCCAAAGGAUCUCUAUAUUGACAGACCUUUACCUUACUUGAUUGGCUCCCAGCAGUUUAUGGAACAAGAUGAUGUUGGCCUUGGAGAUCUCUCUAGUGAAGAAGGGUCAGUAGAUAGCGAUCGUGGAAGUGUAAUUGACAGUGAAGAGAAGGAUGAAGAGGAAUCAGAUGAUGAAUUUGGAAACCCUAGUGAGGAUGAUCAAAAGACGAGGAUAGCCCAGAUGAGUGAUGAAGAUGAUGAUGAUGGCUGUGAUCUCUUUGACUCUGAAAAAGAGGAUGAUGAGGAUGGAGACGCAGAUGAAAGCACAAAGCCUGCUACUCAGAAAAAGAAGAGGCCAACAUCAUUUGCAGAUGAGCUGGCAGCCCGAAUCAAAGGAGAAGUAUCAAUCAGACAGGAUGAAGAGCAUUCAUCCCUAUCAUCAGAGACCAAAACAAAGAAAGCUCCAAAAGAGAAGAAGGAAGCCAGAGUUCCACUGGAUGAUGAAGAUGAUGACAUCUUCAAGCCUCCUAAGCUGACUGAUGAGGAUUUCACACCGUUUGGUUCAAGGGGUGGUCUCUUCAGUGGUGGAACAGGCCUCUUUGAUGAUGAAGAGAGUGAUCUUUUUGCUGAAGCACCAAAARGAGAAGAAUCAAAAGAGAGAGAGGAGCGAGUCUCAGUAAGUGAAGCAUCCUCUGCAAAGUCCAUAAAGAAAGUUCCUGCAGGUGCAGUGUUUCUGUUUCCAGGAGGAAGUGAUGUGUUUAGUUCCACUGUAACUGGGGAAAAAGACAAAAAAUCUGCAGCACAGAGCACAGAAAAAAUUCCUAAACAGCCUGGGAAAGUUGUUCUAUUUGAUGACGAUGAUGAUGAUGACUUCUUUGUGGAAGUGCCUAAAAAGCCUCCAGAUCCAGUCAAGUCCACAGCUGACCUAUUUGAUGAUGAUGAAGAAGGUGACCUAUUCAAGGAAAAACCAGCCAUUCCUUCUGUGGUUCCUGCCACAACUAAAGAAACAGAAGGCCAUAGGGAGACAAUCAUGGAAAAAAAGAGUCAACCAUCUUCAGGUGAGGACUUCAAGCCUUUAUCUGAAACGCCUUCAAGAAAACAGAGGGGCCUUUUCUCUGAUGAAGAAGAUUCUGAAGACUUGUUUUCAUCAAGCAAACCUGUGAAGUCCAAAGCUACAUCUCUCCCCACCAGCAAGUCCAUSACAAAAGCUCCGUUUUCCUUGUUUGAUGAUGAUGAAGAGGAUCUCUUUGGUGUGGGACCUGCCAAGAAGCACCAGGAAAAGCCCCCAGAAGAGAGAGCAAAACAGUCAGGGCCUCUCAAGAAAGCCUCCAACUUAUUGUUCAGCAGUGAUGAGGAGGAACAGUGGAAUAUCUCCAAGCCAGCUAAACUUCCUUCUGAAGAUGACCAAAAAGAAGAUCCUGUAAAACCAGCUAGCACUGUCAGUCAGGCUAAAGAUGUGAAGACGACAAGCCUCUUUGAGGAAGAGGAUGAGGAGGAUUUAUUUGCAAUCACUAAAGAGAGCCAAAGAAAGCCACAGAAGCCAUCRUUGUUAUUUGAAGAUGAUGCUAUUAAUGGAGAUUCCUUCUUCACCUCCCAGUCAACGCUACUUCCUUCAGCUGCUAAGGCUGCAGYGGAGAAAGUAAAACCAGCACAAGUACCGCCUGUCUUUAAUGAGGAAGAAAAGGAGGAAAAGGAAGAUCUGCUAGAUAGAACAGUGAAGUCUAACCAGGUAGCAGAUACAUUGUGGUGUUCAGAGGAGCCUGAAGCAGCCCCUCUGCCUGGAGGAACAGAUGUUGCAGGACAGCAAACAAAGGAAAAACCUUUUGCAGUAAUAUCUUCAGAGCCAGCUGGCAGUUCAGAUCUGUUUGCUACAUCACCAUCUCUGGAGAAAGAUGUCAAGAGCCAAACUAAGAAAGUGUUAAGCUUGUUUGAGGAAGAAGAAGAGGAGAGACUGGAAGAUGAUGAUGGCAUAAAAAAUGCACAGAAAGAAAUUGGUGUGGCUUCUGAGAAAAGUGCUUGGCCCAAAAGCACUGGGGUCUUUCAAGAUGAAGAGCUCCUCUUCAGUCACAAACUUCAGAAGGACAAUGAUCCAGAUGUCGACCUCUUUGCCAGCCCCAAAAAGUCAGUGUCAGCAAACCGUAUCCUGAAACCACCAYCUGGAGGAGGGCUUUUUGGGGAUGAUGAUGAGGAUGAUCUCUUCAGUACUGCUAAAACAAACCUUCUGAAAACAGCUGAGAAGAAAACUCUUCAGACCAGUGUUGGCCCUUCCUCAGUGACCAGUAACCUAGAAAAUGCUUUAAGUGCCAAGCAUGAUGAGACUCUGAAGGCAGCAACUACAGAGAAAUCUACAGGUCCUGUUCCCAUUAAAACCAAAGAGCCUUCAUCUCGGAUUGGAAAGCUACAAGCUAACUUAGCUAUUAACCCUUCAGCCUUACUACCUGGUGCAAUGCCUAAAGUCUCCAAUGUCAAGUCGCCCUUACCAGUGCUGGACACUCCAUUACAUGAGCCCAGGGAUGUACAGAACAAUGAAGCCUUCUCUGCUGCAGGAAGCAAUGAAGAGCUUGGUGUAAGCUUUGAUCAGCCCAUGCAAGCAGACACCUUGCACAGCGCCAAUAAGACCAGGAUCAGGGUUCCAGGAAAGCGCAGACCCCCUAGCASAAUGGCGCGCCGUCUGGCUGCCCAAGAGGCUGAAGUGAGUGACAAGGUGGACACCACUAGAGARUCACAACUUUCUUUACCAAAACAGACAUCAGCAGUAGUGAACAUAAAGGAGCCUCUUGCUACUGAAGCAGAGUCCCAGGAAAAUGGCUUUCUCUCUAGCUUGUCACUACCAGCUCACAGCAGUGUUUUGUCUGGGACAGACAAAAUCCUUCCUCCAGAAUCCACAGAAAAUGGGGAUGAUCUGUUUGAAUCUGAAGACCUUUUUGCAAGCAGCUCAACAUCCAGACCAUCUGCACAAUCAAAGCUGAAGGAGGGAAUGCCAGACAGUGUGGCUAACAAACCCAUCAAGGGCAGGGAGAAAAAGUCUGAUCUGGGUGAUCAGGACAGCAAUGAUCUCUUCCAGCCUGUACAACAAAAAUCUUCAACAAAAAGCAGCCCUAUACCUUUUUUGGAGGAAGAGGAAGAUUCUCUCUUCACCUCUCAGAAAACUGGAAAAAARGAGUUAAAAUCUACUAUCCACCAAGCAGUUGACCCUACUGCCCAAGAUAUCUUUGAGGAUGAUAUAUUUGCUACUGAGGCAAUUAAGCCAAUGACCAAACUGAAAGAGAAAAUGCCAGAGACAAACCUGUUUGAUGAUAACAUUGAUAUUUUUGCGGAUCUAACUGUAAAACCAAAAGAAAAGAAGACCAAGAAGAAGGUGGAACAAAAAUCCAUAUUUGAUGAUGAUAUGGAUGAUAUCUUCUCUAGCAGCCAAGUCAAGGUACCCACUCCUAAAACCAGAUCUUCCCCAGCAGCCUCAGAAGCAAAAUCUGAAAGCAAGAUCCUGAACACGUUUGAUGAUCCGCUGAAUGCCUUUGGAGGCCAGUAGUCACAGGGAUGUAUUGCAGAGAAGCAGCCUUCCUUAUGACCUGUCCAGUACUAAUACUCUGGAUUCUCUAAUUCAGUAGAACUGGAAUGAGAUGGACAUGGAUAUUUAAAUGAGAUUACCCAUUUUAAAUGGUUAGUAUUCUCUUGUGCUACUCUAAUUCUGCUAAAUUAUAUAUUUUUUAAAAAAUACAGUAAYCUCCUGCUAUCAUGUUUCCAUGGUGCCCAGAUGAAUAUAGCCUGUGCAAUACCUGCAAUGAAGUAAUCUAUUAUAUAAAGUAUAGUUUGUUUUAUUGAACAGAUCUAUAGAUAAAUAGUAAAUGGAGUCUGUUAAAACUUGAUCUGUC